GACAUCAUCAUGCAAUCCACCGCCGAGCUGGUGAAGACUUACUGCACCCGCGCUGGCGUCGACAAGCUGGAGGGUCCGGCUGCGGAGAAGGUCGUGGAGCUGCUGUCGUCACCGCUCAAGUCGCAGUCGCUGGGCGUGCUGGACAUGGAGCAUUACCCCACGCUGCUGGACUGCCUCGGCUACUCGACCAGAAAGCAGGUGGCCCUGUCCCUCGUCACGGGCGUGUUGGAGAACGACAUGAAGUUGGAGUCCGUCGACACCGUGAACAGUCUGUUCAAGUUCAUCGCCCCGCUGGUCACCGACCAGCCGGAUACGCCGGGUAACGAGACCAAGACGGCGGAGUUCGUGUCGGAGCAGCAGCAGGUCUGCCGCCUGGUGCACCAGAUCUGCAGCGGUGACCCAGACACCGACUUCCAGAUGCUCACCGCCGCGCGCAAUUUCUUCGGGCAGGGCGGCCAGCAGAGGCUCGUGCACUCGCUGCCCCCCGUGUUCUACGCGGCCACGGCGCUGGUCCCCCGGAUCCUGGAGGCAGAGCGGCAGAGGGUCGAGUCCGGUGUCGAGGGCAACGCGCCCGCCGUUACAGUGAAGAAAGUAUUUCAGUUCGUGCACAAGACCACCACCGCGCUGAUGUCCUCCGCUGCCGCCCCGGAGACCGCGCUGCAGCUGUGGCUCGUCGCGGCGGCGGUGACCGACCAGGUGGACAAGAACUCAGGCAACCCUGGCUUCUUCGAGUCCAUAUGUUUCGAGUUCCUCACGCAGGCACUGAUCUGCUUCGAGGAGGAAAUCAUUGAGUCCAGCAAGCAGUUCAAUGGCGUAUUUAAGCUCGUGGGCGCCUUGCAGCAGCUCACUUGCCUGGAGGAGGAGAACUUUGACACGGUGGCCGCGAAGAUCGCCCAGCACGCGGCCAGGUUGCUCAAGAAGCCCAUGCAGUGCCGGGCGGUGGCGGCGUGCUCGCACUUGUUCUGGUGCGAUGCGCGUCGCGACGGGCAGAAGGUCCUGGAGUGCAUGCAGAAGUGCCUGAAGAUCAUCGACAACCUGGUCCAGUCGGACCGCAAGCAGGCGGCGAGCCCCCAAAGCAGCCCCGCGAAGCGGGCAGGGGGAUGCCGCACUCGGCUGCGGCACAGGCCCUGUUCCGCCGAGGCCCUGUUCCGACAGGCCCUGUUCUGGCCCGCCCUCUUCCGCCGCGGCCCUGGUCUCGCCUCCGCGGCCGGCGCCCGGGCGCGCCGCCCGCGCGGGGCGCCCGGCUUCCCCGCCGCGGCGCCCGCUCCGGCCUCGGCGCCGGAGGGCGAGCGGAAGCAGAUCGAGACGUGGGAGACGGAGAUUCAGGACAAGCUGGACCAGUGCCAGCAGAUCGUAGACACGCUGAAGGGCGCCAAGAUCAUGAAGGACCUGCAGAAGGAGAUCGUCUUUGGCGAGGUGAAGUACGCGAGGAAAGAGCAGGCGACGUUCUGUGGCCGGGCCUACAAGCAGGACAAGGACGGCAGCAUCAACGUCACCAUGGAGGCCUACGUGAAGUCGGUGGAUAGUUCGAGCAGCGACAGCCUGUUCAAGCCGGAGUUGCCCGUGAAGCCGGUGAAGGUCAAGUCUAGGUGCCACGGCAGCGGGCGCGCGCCGGCGUUCGCCUCUGGCUGCGCCGCGCUGCUGGCCGUGGCCGCGGCGCCGGGCGGCCGCGGCGGGCGCCGCGGUGGGGGGGCGCCGCGGGCCGUGGCCGCGGCGCGGGCGGCGGGUGGCGGCACGUUGGAGGCGCUGGGCAGCAGCUGCGACAACUCCUGGGUCCGAGACCUCGUCCAGGACCCCGAGGCGGCGCAGCACGCCCCGAACAGGCGCUCCCGGGAGGUGCGGUCGGGGCACUGGGUGCCGCUGGAGCCGGAGGCACUGGGCGAGCCGUACCUCGUGGCCACGAGCGCGGAGAUGCUGCGCAACCUCGGCCUGAGCGAGGAGGAAGCCGGCACCGAGAGGUUCGCCCGCCUGUUCUCCGGGGACUUGUCCGUCGUUGACGGGCUGCAGGCGUGGGCCACGCCCUACGCCCUGUCCAUCUACGGCCAUGAAAUGUACCAGAACUGCCCGUUCGGCAACGGCAACGGCUACGGCGACGGGCGCGCGAUGUCCAUCGGCGAGUUCGUGGGCCCCGACGGGCAGCGCUGGGAGCUCCAGCUCAAGGGCGCCGGUCGGACGCCAUUUUGCCGCGGUGCAGACGGUAGGGCUGUGCUGCGCUCCAGCGUGCGGGAAUUCCUGGUCUCGGAGGCGAUGCACCACCUGGGGGUCCCGACCACGCGGGCCGUCUCACUCGUCGCGUCACGGUCGGAUACCGUGAUGAGACCUUGGUACAGCGCAGGGCGCUCCGUUGCAGCGGACGUGUCCGACGCGGACCUGGACCCGACGUUGCGGCGCUUGCUGCAGCAGCAGCGGGGCCUCGACUUCGACGCGCUGGACGAGGAGGUCAAAGACCAGCUGCGCGAGCAGCUCAGGUCUCAGAUGCGGCAGCGGGGCGGAGGAGGCCAAGACCCGGACAUGAUGCAGCAGGAGGCGUGCGCGAUCACGUGCCGGGCCGCGAGGUCUUUCUUGCGGAUCGGUCACGUGGAGCUCUUCGCGAGGCGAGCGCGGGGUGGCGAUCCCGGUCGCCUGCGCGAGCUGGAGCUCCUCCUGGAGCACGCCCUGGCCCGGGAGUACCCCGACGUCGAGCCCGGGCAGCCGCUGCAGGUCAGAGCUCUCGGGAUGUUGCGCGCCGCGAGCCGUCGCAUCUCGAGCCUGGCCGCGGAGUGGGUGCGGGUCGGGUACGUCCAGGGCAACUUCAACUCCGACAACUGCCUGGUCGGAGGCCGCACCAUGGACUACGGGCCCUUCGGCUUCCUGGAGCGCUACGAGCCGCUCUGGAACAUGUGGGUCGGGGGUGCUGAGAAGUACGGCUUCCUGAACCAGCCCCAGGCGGCGUGCAAGAAUUUCGAGAGCCUUGCAGCAGCCGUGGCUCCCAUCCUUAGCGACGAGCAGCAGGGCAUGGUCCCCGAGAUCGUCGAAGAGUUCAAGCGGCUGUCGGCAGAGGCGCUCGACGACGUCUGGCGGCGGAAGCUCGGGCUCGACCUGCCCGAGGAGGGCGCGCAGCUGUUCGCCUCGCUGGAGCCGCUGCUGCGGGCCUCGGGGGCGGACUGGACGCUCUUCUGGCGGUCGCUGGCGCGGGUGCCGGGCGCGGCCUCGCCGGACGCCUCGGACGGUGAGCGGGGCCAGGUGAGCUGAUGGAGCCUCUGAGGACCAGCCUCGGCGGCGGGCUGACCGCUGAGGGCGAGGCCAGGUGGGCUGAGUGGCUGCGGGAGUGGCUUGCGGCCUCGCCCAGCGGGCCGUCUAUGAGGCAGGCGAACCCGAAGUACGUGCCUCGCGAGUGGAUGCUCGUGGAGGCCUACAGCGCUGCGCAGCGAGGGGACCGAGGGCCGCUGGAGGAGCUGCAGGCCCUGUUCCGGGAGCCCUACGCUGAGUGGCCCGAGCUUGAGGAUCGCUUCUUCCGCACUACGCCGCCGGAGGCUGUGAGAAGAGGCGGCACGGCGUUCAUGAGCUGAUCCUCGAGUUGGGGGGUUGCCGCCAGCGCAGGCACCCCCCAGCGGUGCCGCGGGCUGCCUUGCGCCCCGCCGGGCGCACCGCUCGCAGGGGCGGCCCCGCGGCACCCUCCGCCCCCUGGGCAAGGCCGCGGCUGCCGUGACGCGCCCGCGGCCCUCGCGCGGUGGGCCUCCACCUCGGCGCGGGGGCGCGCGGGCGCCGAUCUGUCGCGACCUUUGGGGGCUCGCCCCGUCGGCGGCGGCUGCCCGGCUGGGUCCGCGUCGCGGGUAGGCCGCUUUCCCUCCACGACGACGACGACGACGCCGACGCCGACGCCGACGCCGACGCCGACGCCGACGACGACGACGACGACGACGACGACGUGUU